AUGUGCCUCAGGGAUGUGGCUGCUGUGCCUUACUACACUCUGCUCGACGAGCUGAUAGGAUGUGACCAAGAGCCCAUGCCAGAUGGAAAUCCACCAGAGUUGGGGAAAAUUCUCGUACAUUUUCCCGCCCAGAAGCAUGAGCUGGAAAGAAAAGUGAUCAAGGAACACAGUUCUAUUGCAGAUCAAGUUGAUGCAACCCACAGGAGGCUCACCAAGCCCAGCCUGGCAGCCAGCUAUUUGGGUGUGGUCACGAGCAGCCCGGGGUUGGGCCUGGUGCCUGUGACAGUAGGUGGGAGUCUGGUGCUCUCAGCAGCUGAGCAGGGCCUGGGGGCGGCAGCCAUUCUCACCAACAUCUCGACAAGUGUCCCAAAAAACAGAGGCAAUUUGGCAGCAAGAGACAGAGCUAGCCAACUGGUGCCUAUUCUGGUCACUUGGAGGACACAUGUCUUGGAGUCUUGAGGUCCUCUGGCACUGGGGUCUUGCUCAUGUGUUACUAGGUGCCAGGGUCCUCCACAGCAUCAUGCCUACCAGAUGGCCAAAGUCAUGUCUGGCUUCAUGGUUGAGGUCAAGACUUUCAUGGUCACAGGCCAUGUCUGCUUAUGGAGGGCCAGAGGGGUGCAGAGAGCCAUUGCGAGCCCAGCUCUGGCCAUGGCCAACUGUGCCUGCGUAAUGGGUACUGCUGGGGCUGGCAUCUACUCCUGCAAAACCAGGAGGGGGUGAGGGCGGAGAGGCCGAGGAACUGAGGGCACCUGCUAAGGGGCUGGAGUGGCAGGUUCCAGCUCACCCAGCUCUGUAGCUGAUCA